CCAUCUAGUAUGCUGCUGUUGGUUCCUCACGCUGAAGGCCACCAAGAACAUGGAACUCCGUCUAGAAGACUAUACAUUAAAGAAGAUUUAACCACUUUAGUCACGUGUAAAGCAAUUGGGUCAUUCCCAGCAACUGAAUUAGAAUGGUAUUUUCCUAAUGGCAACAUUAGUAUUCUUAACAUCACAAAGACUCGUAGUGUUGUCUCAGAUGAUAAUUUGGUUGACACUGAGAGAACCAUCACAGUACUACCAAGGAAGGAGGACCACGGACAGAACAUUCAAUGCAACGCAUAUAUGGAUGGCAAGUUUGUUGAUCAAGCAGUAGCCAGAUUGAUGGUGUACGCUAUUCCGGAUUAUGUUAAACUGACGGUCCCAGAGGAUCUCCAAGCCAGUCAAAGAACUAAAGUUACAUGCAUAGCUUUCAAUGGUUACCCUGCUCCUCUCAUCCACUGGUACAUCGGGUCAAAAAAUGUCACGGCCAAUUCAACCCUGAAGACAUCUAUCAACAGCACUUAUCGAUAUGAUGCUGAAAGCACUCUGAUCUUCAUACCAAAUAAUUUUGACCAAGGGAAACGUCUUCUUUGUCAGUCUGUUCAGCCUACAAUACCCUUGGAACUCGCAAUGAAUGCAAGCAUGGUGCUGAACAUAUCAUGCACGUGGGAUGAAUGUAUCUACCUUUCUGCAGAACUCGGAUAUUCUCCCGGUUGUUGGCGAUAAUAUAACUCUUGUUUGCGCCUUUACGUCCCCGUCCAAACAUCAUGUUCUAUCAUGGCUUCGUGUGGAAAACAGAAACGCGGUCAUAGCAAAGGAUAAAGGUGACGGGACAGAACCUACAUACGAGAAAAACAUUUCAGAUGCUUCGAAGUACAGUUUGAUGUCUGAUUCUUCCAGCGGAAACCUGACAAUAAGUUAUCUAGGGGUAGAUGACAGCGGCAGGUAUCGCUGCUUGGUUGCCACCAGGGCUGAUGCAUUUCAGAGUUCAUUUGAACUAAAGGUACUGUCACAAGUCACACCUAGUUCGGUAGUGAUUACAGACAACCGCUUUGACUACACUGAUGGAGAAUCAGUAACCCUUACACUUGGCCAAACCCACAACCUAACAUGUACAGUCCAAGGUACUAGACCACCUCCAGAACUCAAAUGGAAAAAUCCUGAAGGAG